ACACUAUGGACCUAUAUUGUGACAUAUUGUAUAUAAAUACUAGGAUUUUAAAGGACCGAUACAUUCAAAUAUUUUGGAGUCCAACAAUGAAUACUUACGUGCUUUUGGUUGCUGUGGUUGCUGUGGUCGCUAAGGGCACUUCAGCGGCAUGCAUCGGCGCCCCCAUUCUCGUGCCAUCCCCCAUCAUCUCCCCGUGUGUGACCCCCAUCCUCCCUGCCCCCGUUUUCUCCAGCACCACCGUCGUCCAAUCAGAGAGCGUGGCGAACCAGCUGUGCGAAGUGCUGCAGAUGCUGCCGGUGGUUAAGGCGCUGGAGCAGAAGUACGCGUGCCCGAACCUGAUCGCGCCCGUCCUGCCCGUGGGCAUCGGAUACGGCUGCGGUUGCGGGUGCGGUUGCGGAUGCGGUUGCGGGCCUAUAAUCCUGUAAAGUGUAAACAGUGAAUACGUAUCGAAGUUGUCCAUGUAUUCAGUCUUUUAAACAGUGAAUAUGUAUUGUAUUUAUGUAUUUAUUCAGGGCGUCUUGGAAAGGCAUAAAUACGAGUAUGUUUCGUAUUUGUGUAUUUACUCGUAUUUAUACAGGUCUUGAGUUGACUGAAGUUAGGUACUUAUUUAUGUCAGUGAUAUUUAUUUAACUAUGUGUGAAAACUGUAUAUAUAUAUAUAUUUAUAUUGUUAUUUAUUAAGUUUAGUGUACUAUCAAAAAUAUAUCUGUGCUGUAUAAAAAUAAACAUUUUUGAAAAAUUAAUUUAUUAGUUUAGGUAUGUAAUUUUCAAAAAAUAUACCCCAUUUAUUUUUAAAGUCAACAAGUUUUCAGAUUGAAGAUUUUUAAUUAUUGUAGAGAUAUAUUAUA